CUCGCAGAGCUCGUCGCAUAGAAAUGAAGUAAACGCGUAACGCAUGGCAGUUUUCUGGAGAAGAACCUACAGACUGUUGUUACUGGGGCAGAAACAUCAAAGUUGCAUCUCUUCUCAUGUUAUUUGCCAUACUGAGAAUUUGAACCAGAUUGUGAGAAACUCCCUCCAUUUGUCAACUCUUGUCAGUUUUCACAGAGUCAUGACAGACCAACCUCCGAUAUUAACAGAUCUGGGGCUCUACAACCACCCACCUGCAGUCCGGGGCAUGACAGAACUUGACAAAGCUGCUUUUACCCAGACGGUCAACGUUCCUGCCCUACGUGUCCCAACCAAUGUCCUCAACAAAGUAGUGAAGAGUCUGAAGAAAGUGGUGCUACAGAGGCCUGGAAUUAAACGUGUUCUGGAAGAAAAUAAUAAAGAUGGAAGCAGUAAGUGUGAGCAUCGGCUAGUGCUGUUAGAUCCAAGCAGCAUAACAUCAACAGAUUCAUUUGGCAGUGAGGAGGCAGCAGCUUUAAAAGCAUUUGGGGUUCCUCAGGAGAUCCAGAGAUAUGAACUGAAACUCACCUAUGAGAAUCUUAAGAGUGAUGAGAUAUUGCGAGCUGUACUUCCUGAGGGACAGGAUGUGACAUCGGGAUUUAGCAGAGUGGGACACAUCGCUCACAUGAACCUGAGAGACCAUCAAAUUCCCUUUAGAAAGCUGAUUGGUCAGGUAAUCAUGGAUAAGAACCCUGGCAUUACCUGCGUGGUCAACAAGACCAACACCAUAGACUCCACCUACAGGAACUUCCAGAUGGAGGUUUUGGCAGGAGAGGAUAACAUGGUGGCAAAGGUACGCGAGAAUGGCAUGUUUUACGAGUUUGAUUUCUCUCGAGUUUACUGGAACCCUCGACUCGGCACGGAACAUGAGCGCAUAGUGUCUUUCCUUCAACGUGGCGAUAUCGUAAUUGACGUUUUUGCCGGGGUCGGUCCAUUUGCGAUCCCAGCUGCCCGUCGAGGCUGCAACAUCCUCGCUAAUGACUUAAACCCAGAAUCUUUCCGCUGGCUCCAGCACAAUGGUAAACUCAACAAGGUUGACAAGAAGAUCACUUCUUUUAAUAUGGAUGGCCGAGACUUCAUCCGAGGACCAGUAAAGGAGCGCCUGCCUGCUCUAAUGAAGGGCUCACAAAAACUUCAUGUGGUGAUGAAUCUUCCUGCGCUGGCACUGGAAUUCCUGGAUGCUUUCAGAGAUCUGUUGGAACCAGACCAAAGCCUUUCCUGCCAGGAUAACCUGCCUCAAGUGCAUUGCUACGGGUUCUCCAAAGAAGAUGACCCCCAGAGGGAUAUAGUGGUGCGGGCAGAAGCCAGUUUGAAGACUUCGCUUCAAGGCCAAUGUUCUGUGCACAUGGUGAGGAACGUGUCACCUAAUAAGGAGAUGAUGUGUGCGAGUUUCACUCUACCUAAAAAAGUUCUGUACAGACAGCAUACGGAAGACAGAGACAGCUCAGAGGAACCGUGUCCUAAGAAACAGAAGUGUGAAGAACAGACAGACUAAAGAAACAAAUUGUUUCUCUAACAUUGUAAUGUUUUGUUUUUUUCUUUUAUUUCUUAAU